CAUUUCUAUCAUUCUGUGUAAUAAAUAAUGCAGGAAAAGCUUAUUUUGAUUGUCCUAUACUCACUGCCAAUAAUAGACUUAAAUUUCUCUUCGGCUGGAUUUUUUGGCUUGUUGCUCAUCACCUCUUCAUAUGCUCAUUGCUUGCAGGUAAGACUAUAGAAUGGCAGAGACUGUGUCUUUGGUUUCUACUGCGCUAGACAGAUUGUUCUUAGUCCUCAAGGAAGCAGAACAUGUACGGGACUUUAAAGGCGAGUUCGAUACUAUGAAGCAGAGACUUGAUAACAUAAAGAAACUAAUCAGUAAUGAAGAGAAUCGUAAUCAGGCUACAGUACAGGAUUGCUUGGCUAGAUUCAGAGAUUUAAUGUAUGAAGCAGAUGAUAUAUUGACAGACUGCCUAAUCAGACAAGAAUAUCAUACUAAGGGAUUUUUCUCAUCCAAAUACUUUCCUCAGAAUUUCUUCUUCUAUCUUCAAACAGCCAAGAAAAUAAAAGAUAUUAAUGCAAGGAUGAAGACGCAGUAUGAUAUUUUGGAGGAAGCCCGACGAGGUGACAACAACCUCCGAAGGAAUGAUACGUUCCAGUUCAGACGCGACGAUGAUCCAUCUGAUGAAAUACUUGGACUUGAAGGUGAUGUGAAGAAGAUACAUGACUGGAUUCUUUGCCCAGAUAAAGAGCUUCAGAAGAUUGCAAUUGUGGGUUUGGGAGGCUUGGGAAAGACGACUCUUGCUAGGCUAAUUUUCAAUAAUGAUGAUGUAAGCAAACAUUUUCAGAAGAAAAUUUGGGUGUCUGUUUCUCAAACAUUUAAAGAGGAUGAUAUCUUGCAGAAAUUACAAGAAAACUUGGGUAGACAGCCAGCUUCACAGACUGGAUCUACCUUUGAAGAUGGGCUAAAACAAAUCAUUUCACAGUUGGAGGAAAUAAGUUGUCUCAUUGUUCUAGAUGAUAUCUGGGACAACAGGCGUCUAGAUUGGUGGAAAAAGAAGUUUUUCCCUGCUCUAUCACAAUCAAGCCACAAACAAAGUUGUGUUAUUAUCACCACCAGAGACGAAGGUGUUGCUAAUGCCAUUGGAGUUGAUGAAUCGUUUGUUCAUAAGCCCAAAUUCCUCAAUGAAGCAGAUAGCUGGUCGUUGUUCUAUAAGCAUGCAUUUGCUAAGGUUGAGAAAAAUUGUUCUGAAAAGUUUAAAGAUUUGGGCAAGAAAAUCGUGGCUAGAUGCGGGGGACU